AUGGAUGAAGAAAUUCUGCGUGGUUUUAGGCGUGACCAGGAAGGACAUCCCGCAGACACAGCGGCCUUCGACUCCUACACAAGGGCAAACGGAGAUCUCUAUGCCAUUCUUUUCCUCCUAGUGGAAUUUCCAGCCGCCUUGUCGGUACAGAAGCACAACGACGACACUGGCAUUAGCGGCGACGGACAAGCUGCCUUCGAGGAGUUCUGCAACAACUAUGACAUGGUAACGGACGCGGUCAUCAGGGCCAAGAUGGAGGAGCUGGAGAACAACCCCAUGAACCCUGGUGAAAAUCCCGACGACUACUUCAACCAGAAGCACCUACUUCGCGCCCACCUGGAUAAGAUGGGAGAACCCAUUUCCGACCGCCGCUUCAAGGACAUCGGUGUACAGGGCUUCUCCGACGAAUAUGAGGACGUCAAACUGAUGGUGUUCAGGGACCCAACCUUCAACGUCCCUGGACAUGAAAUCCACCAUGCGCAACAUCUUCUUGGACGAACAACCGCGCAAGGGAUGGAAGGGACGCAUACACACAUGGCUGGUCAAGGAUUUGCCAUGGCAACGACCGCGUCUGACAUAAUCUGCCACAGCUGCUACCAGCCGGGGCACAUCAGGAGGAACUGCCCCAAGAUCAAGAACAGGGCGAAGAAGAAAACGCAGCCCGCCAAGCGGUGCUCCAAGCACAACACUACGUCUCGCACAGACGAGGGAUGCUACCAACAAGGAGGAAAGCGCCCGGAAGACACCAAGGACUCAAUUGUCGACUUCACCCGGGACGAGGACGCCUUUGACAGCGGCUUCAUGUUCGGCACGUGUUCCCGCAUCUCAGGACGCAACUUCGCCGCGAGCUCCACCGGGGUAGGCCUGCUGGUAGACACGGGAGCAUCGGAGACCAUGUUUGACAAUCGCCUCAUCCCCGACGGAAACCUCCACGAUUACACCCAGCGAAACUGUCCAAAGAUCGUCGACGUGGCCGGAGAGAGCCAACUCACAGGCACGGCCACGGGCAUCCUACACUGCACCAUCAAGGACAAUCGAGGACAGCAAUUGCGCGUGCGGAUUCAGGGACUCAUCGUUCCGGGACUUGUUCGCAACAUUUUUUCGCCCACCUCCCUCCUGAAAAAGGGAUUGCGCUGCGUCGUCGAAGAGAGCACUCCGCACCUCACUAUCCAAGACAAGGUGAUUCCACUCACACAAGAUCCGCGAGACCAAGGCAUGUGCACCCUCGACAUCACGUUCGAGCAGAACGUCCAGCCAUCUGGCACGAGAUCCCUUGUGAACGAACUCCUUCGGCAAGAAGUCCGGAAGAUGCAGUAA